AUGUCAAGCCAUUUAGUUCCUUUGGCAGAAAUUAGCAAACGAUUAUCGCAAAAAUUAAAUCCCUCCGCCUUGCGAAAAAUACGACAUGCCCAUAUAACUUUAGUUCAAUUGCAGCAGAGGGCUAUUUUGGAGAAGUACGGAGAAUAUGAUUCCAAUGGUCAUAUUGUGAAAAAUAAAAACUAUAUUUCAACCCAAAAUGCUGAAUAUUCUCCAAAACUGAAUGAUGACAGCGAUGAAUAUUCUCUGGGAGAAGAAGAAUUUGAAAAGGUAACAAUUGAAUGUGAAAAAGUGUCUGAAGAUGCCUGGUUAGGAUAUUUCAAUGGCUAUGAAAUAUUGAAUAGAGAUGAAAAACUCCAUUUAAAUGGAAACAAGCAAUGUGUGGAACUUGAUCAUAAAAAUUGUGAUAUUGGUACCUUGGAAGAAUACUUACGUGAAGGUAUUUGCUGCUUUUAUGUGGAUUUAUUUUUGGGUAGCGAAAUCGAUAAACAAAAAUUGAUUUUCAAUUUACGAAAUUGUGAAAUGAAAAUAUCUGAAGAAUUGGGGUUUCCCGUGAAUGUCAGCUUGUUUGCCAUGUUAAGUCCUCGUUGUCAAUACACAGGGAUAUUCACAGAGCCAAAUGAUGUUUAUAAAAUCGAAAAGGGUGAACUACUCACCUUAACUACAGAUCGUCAGUAUUCUUUAAAAGGGAGCAAAACGAAGAUCUACGUAAAUGGACGUUUUCUAAUUGAUGAAUGCCACUUGGGUGAUUUUAUUCUGAUUGGUCACACUCUUCAAGUUCGUAUAAUUUCCAUUAUCUCCGGGGAUCUAAACUGUGAGGUAAUGCAACCAGGUAUAUUACAUUCAAAAUCUCCCGUACGUUUUCCUGGUAGAUGCAAUCGCAGUAGAGUUUCAGUUGAAGAAAUUGAGGAUAUUACAUUUGCCCGGGAAAUGGGUAUCAAUGUAUUGGUGUCCUAUAUACCGGGCACUGAAUUAUAUUUGAAGGAGUUACAGGAGGUGCUACAACUUUUGGAAUGUGAAAAUAUGCGUCUUGGUUGCAGAGUGGUGUUAAAUGAAAUCCACAAUAGUGAAGAUGUACAAUGGAUAGUGGAUGGUUAUGAUAUGUUUGUUAUGGAAUACACCAUGGCUCCUAAACAAGAGGAAUAUCAAGGAAAUUCAUUACAGCAUGCUGCCACAGAUUCUCAGAUUUUGUAUCUAUCAUCCGCAGCUAAAGAUUUUAUAAGGAAUAUCUACCAACAAAAGAAGGCCAUAAUUAUGAAUACCACGCUCAUUGCAAAAAAUCAGCUUUUUGUGGAUCCAAACAACUGGUAUGAGAUUUUCUAUUAUGCCGAUAAAUAUAUAUUUAAAGCUGAUCAGGGUGGUCAUGAAUCAUUUCGUUUUCAUUUAUUACAACGUGCUGUAUUCCAACACAUAAUUCCAUCGCUGUGGUCCUCCACACCGUUGUAUUGUGAUGAAUCUCAAAGUGGCAGUGAUAGUAUUGCCAGGGCCUGUGUAGCAUCAUCGCUGGAAUGUAAUGCCGCAGCAAUACUUAUAUGUGCCGUUUUACCUGAUAUGUCAAUUAAACUUGCACACUUUCGUCCAAAAGUUCCAAUUCAUUUCAUAUCUCCAACAAAGUCAUCUGCUGAUUUUGUGUCUCUUUAUCACAAUGUAAUAUAUCUUUAUCAGAAUAUGGCGAAGAGACAUCGUGAAUUUGUGUUGAAGGGUUUUCUUUGUGGUCUGUCGUAUUUGCAUUGCCGAAAACUUGCAACAGAAGGUCAAAAUGUCAUAUUAAUGUAUAGCCAUGACGAGUGUUCCGAUUUACCAGAUAAAUAUGCAAUUUUUAAAUUUAAUAAUAGAAAUUUGUUGGAAAAUCUAAAUCAAUUGUUAUUCAAAUAA